AUGGCGACGGACGGGCUCGACGACCUCUACAAGCACCACCAGUUCAGGCCGUCCAAGGAGGACGCCGUGACCUACUUCCUGCCGCGCCUCCUCGCCGGCUCGCCGCUGCCGCACGGCGCCGACGCGCUCAUCCGCCACGCCGACGUCUAUGCCUGCGAGCCCAAGGACCUCGCCGCCGAGUACGCGCCCGUGCCCUCGGCCGCUCGCACCGGCGACCGCUUCUUCUUCACCACCUGCAAGCGCAAGAGCGGAAACGACGCUCGGGCCACGCGCGUCGCCGGCGCCGGCACCUGGGCCGUCCAGAGGACGGAGAGCGUCUACGGCCACGAGGGCUUCAAGGUCGGCGAGGUCAAGCACCUGUCGUUCAAGAAAGGCAAGGCCAGCACCGGCUGGGUCAUGGAGGAGUUCCGGUGCCUGCGCCCGGAGGCCAUCGUCGCCGACGGCGAGAAGGUGCUAUGCAAGAUUCAUCUCGCUCCCAACGCGUGCGCCGCAGCCCGCCAAGAAUCCGACGCCUACAAGCUUCGACAAGAGCAUGUAUUCGCGCUGCAAUCACAGAAGAGGCCAGCCCCUGUUGCCGCCGCCGCCGAUCCGCCCUGCUCCAAGAAGAUGCGGAUGGCAGCCCCCGUCGCGGAUUGUCGCGGAUUGCCGUCCGUCUGCGUUCCCGUCCCAGUCCCAGCACCUGAGGAGGUCGAGUGCGAGCAUUCUCUGGUCUGGUGCACGUCCGCCGCACCCGUUUCCUUGCCCCACGCACCUGAAGCUGACGACGCCAUGGGCCGGAUGUCUUGCACAAUGGAAGAACUCCUCGGGGACCAAACUCUCCCCGUGGAACCUGAAGAGGAGUCGGACUUUGACUGGGGAUCAAUCAACGAGGGAUCAGAGCACCUGCUGCUAAGGCCUUGGGAUGAUGACUGGGAAUCAGAGGAGCAGCAAACUCUCCCGAUCGAGGCUCAGACCAACAUCGACCACAUGCACACAGAACAUCCUGCGCCAUCAACAGACUGGGAACUUUCAGAGGAGCUGCGAAACCUUUUGGCCGAUCAUGACGACGAAGAAGCAGCGCUCUACAAGAAGUGCAAUUACAGUACCGCGGCGGUCGAUCUUCAGAGACACAACCAUUUCUUCUCGUUUGCUGCUAUCAAUUAG